AUAAAUUCUCCAGAUGAUAUCCCCAAUUGGCGGAGGAUAAUAUCAAAGCCGCUGACUGAAUUACGUARUGAAAAUAUCACCAUCCUGGCAGUCGCUUGCGGUUUAAAAAGCAAUAACUAUCCUGAGCUGAAUYUGAUUGGUGGAGAUCGAGCAAACGUGUAUAACAUGACUGACAUGAACCUCUUAAUUGGAACGCUUAUGAGAACCUCCAAUUGGAAUUGCCCUGAAAAGCCUAAACUCUGUACCAGUACUCCACCGUCUUGUCGAACGUCAACAACAUGUUUAUCUCAGAUAUCAACGUGUAUUCCCGUCAUACCACCGACAAAAUGUACACCUAUUACCACCUUGUGUCAGUCAACUGGAAAACAGAUUGAAGGUACACAGACACCCACUACACUACAGACAUCCAGUGUCGUACYAUCAUCCAAUUUAUCGACGACUACAACAGCAGCAAUGACAGAACGUGCUCAAACACCCAGUGUUAUUGCAGAUAGUGUAGAKGUUAUCAGCGUUCACUCAACUAGUAUACAGCAGCCAGUCAUCGUACACACACAUACUGUACAGCCAAUCAUCGUAGACCAAGCCAGCAAUCAGCCAAUCAGCGUAGACCAAGGCAGCAARCAACCAAUCAGCGUGCAGUCUACGAUGKUACAGUCAUCAASUGCACAGUUAUCGAGCUCGGUACAGCCCACAUCAACUKCUAUACCAUCGAAUCCACAGGCUCUUGCCAUUAACAAGGAUGAACAAAAGAUAAUUACUGUAACUGAGAUCAGAUAUGUGAUUUUAACGGCGGGCUUGAACWCUAGUUCGACAAACGCGAUGCAAUCAACGCCAUCGUUAAACAAUUCAUCUACUGGAAGGACUACAGAGAUUACACAAACCCUAACAACGCAAUUCUCAGAAACAAUUCUACAGACAAUUAAUCAAACUAUAAGCAUCCAGGUCAACAGCACUACUUCAGCUGCACUGAYGAUAUCAACAGCUGAUACAAGCAAUUAUUCUUCAGCUACACCAGCGCCUUUUAUCAAGGAUAAACCAGUAAACAGGUUCUCAGAGGAGAAGCAUAAAUCRCUUUCUGAGGAAAAACACAGUUCUUGGUUUGACAGUUUUGUCCCAGAGUUCGUGAGGAAAUGGAUGGCAAUAGAACCAUAGYCCUCGAAAAUUUUUCGAAACUGACGAUAAAUACAGAAGUUGUAACAUAGAAAUGAUUUGGAUUAAAUAACUUUACAAAUACCGUCGAAACAAAAUCUCAUUUGCUAUUUUUGUAUAAAUUGCUGUGUUCUCUAAAGCAAAUUAAGUGUUUAACCUUUGACUUGUAAAGGUUGGCAAGGUUGAUGUUGGAARUGAUGAUCAAGUUUUACUGGUAGAUAUUUUAAGGUUCAUUAGGUUGCUUUAAAAAAAAUUCGCAGAGUUUUAACUUACACCGAAAAAUGAUUUAUAAAAAAACACMAUAUUUGACAAAGAGAGAAUGCUUUUGAUUGGAUUAUACUGAUGGCUAUUCACGUCCAAUCAGACGCAGACCUACCCAGCACAGCUGCGAUUCUUUUAUGUUGUAACUUCAUAAUUAUAGGGGGUCAUGAUCUUGAAAAUAACAAAUAUUUCAAAUAUUCGCUAUCCUAUUAAACCAUUUCAGUUAGAAAACUAUAUUUUAGUACACUGACUUGGGCCUUUGUUAUAAACUUCGA